UCGUCGAACGAAGAGGAAAAAUCUUUGGACUGGGAUUCCCCCUCCACGCUCACCGGGACCGUGAAAAGGAGGCCAAUUUCCGGAGAUAGUCUUCUGGAGGCGAAUGACACCUUAGAUAAAUUCCCUGUAGAUUCGAAAGCUGAGAAAGAGAUUUAUCACGCCUCAGUCAGGAUGGGAGAAGGAAGAGGAAAAUUCAAAAACAACAAGCGUUCAAAGUUGCCAACCUUCAUUCCUCACUCGAAGACCCCUCACAAUAAUUCCACUCAAGGAGGCAAUCCACGUUUAUCUCUUCAAGAAGGAGAUUCUAGCAGAUAUCAGCAAGUUUUAAGAUAUACCCAAGGGGCGGAAAGGUGGAACGAGGAUGAAUGGCAGGGCCAUCCGUAUCAGGAAGGGGUCGAAGUUGAAAUGGAAAACGCAACUUUCCUGGAUGUGGAUGGAUUUGGCAGACGAUCCGGAACUUUUGGCUAUGAUGACCCUCAGAAAAUCGGAGUUUCUGAUUCCGACUCAGGUAUCGCCUCUCCUCUCUCUCCAUCCUCUGUGUGCGGUUUCCUGGGAUACGCUGAUAAGGAUAAGGAAUAUUGGAAGGGCGACAGGAGCGAAAAGAUAGGAGCGGAUGUGGGCUUGCACGCAUACCAACAGCUACAGAUAUACACUGAUUGGGCCAAUCAUUAUCUGGAGAAGGCGAGAAGUAAGAAGCGAGUUAAUUCAUUAGCUUCUGAUUGUAGUGACGGAGUACUUCUUGCUGAAGUCAUCGAGUCAGUCAUGUGCCAAAAAAUCCCCGACAUCAAUAGGAAGCCAAAAACACCAGCUCAAAUGCUAGAAAAUAUCAACCUAUGUCUGAAUCUGCUGAAGGCCCAGCAUGUGUCCGGAGUGGAAUCGGUGUCUGCACAAGAACUGAGGGAUGGGAAGUUGAAGGCCAUUUUGGCCUUGUUUUUUGCCCUCUCGCGACAUAAGCAGGCUGCUAAGCAAAGGGCGCAGCAGGUUCAACAACAACAGCUUACAGAGAUGACUCCGAACAGAUCGUCGGCGAUACCGCAUAAAGGAGGUAGCAGCAUCCCUCUUCCCGGCUCCGCUCUGCCCUCCCGAAGAUGUCCGCCGGACAAGGUACGUCCCAUGGCGGGGUCCUCCAGGGCCACCAGUCCGGCCCUGUCGAUGAUUCCCAGGGGACCACCCGCUACCCAGAUAGCGAGCCCUUAUCAGCAAAAUCCGCAGCAACAGAAGAACUCGAUGCUAGAUAAGCUCAAGUUGUUCAAAUCGAACGAUAAGGCUGCACCGGUGAGCAAUGGCAAACGGACUAGCAGUUCCAGUGGUGUGUCGUCUGCGAGAAGUGAAAGAAGUGACAGCAGUGUUAGCUUGGAGCCCAGUGCCGAUGUGAAGCCUGUGCGGAAUGCGUCGCGAAUCAAGGCUGCAAGGCCCGCGAAAGCCUCCUCGUCGUCGAAGAAUAGCCCUAACGCGAACAAAAAAGAAGUGGUAGUUUCCAAAACGACCAAGACGGAGGUGGAGAAGCACGCCAACAAGGUGGCUAGCCUUUCGGCUUCCAAGUUGACGGAACCUAAAGUGAAAGUGUCCUCUAGUAAAUUGGAUGUGUCGAAUAAGGCGAAUAGUAAUUUGCCAGUGCAGAAUACACAGAUCCCGCAUAGUACCAGUAUUCCUAAGCCCACGGCUGCUAUCAAGGGUACCAGCAAAAUAACGCGGGAGGAAAAAAGUGUCCAAUCUGUAGUUAAAUCACCUACUACUGGGAUGUCGAGAGAAAGCUCACAGGUCAACAUAUCAUCAACAAACAAACCAGUAAUCGCCAUGAUAUCACCUAUGAAGAACGAAAGGGACCAACCAUUAUCAGAAAGCAGUCACAGCACUUCCACAACAGGUCCAAAUAGUAGUAACAGCAGUAUUAUUUACAAACCGUCUAGCGAGAGUAGUUCCGAAAAUUCUAAUCUAGUGUACACUAAAAAAGAACCGUCCAAGUUAAUAUCAGAAACACAACUCAAUCAUCGACCAAUGCAACAGCAACAAGUGCCACCACCACCACAACAACAACAACAGAAAUCAGAACAACAGAACCAGCCAAAUCAUCAGAAAAAUCAAGUUCCUAAUCAGCAAGCAAUGUCUCCAACAACCAAACAACAAAAUAUACGGUCGAAUCAAAACUCCCCAAAGGAAUCGGAAAACCAGAACAAACUGGGAAAUCAUCCGGUCGAACAGAAUGGUAUCAGUGCCAAAGAUGCCGCACCGGCAGAAGAAGAAUCUUCGGUGAGCAUCGAACCUAUGAGGCCUUUGUUUCGUGGAUACUGCAGUACCCUCACCCUGCCUUCAAGACACAGACCUACAUAUCAGAUGAUGCAACCUGAAGGGAUGGGUGACUACUGCGAGAUUGGAUUGGCUAAUGGUUACAUGUCGGAUGGUGAGGUGUUGAGGAAUUCCCCACGCGAGGUGACAGAUGGUUAUAUGUCUGAAGGAGGAUCGGUGUUAUACGCCAGGAGGUUACAGACUAUGCCAGCGCAUAUACCGAAUGGCACGUGUAGAUCCGGCCUCACGGUGUUGACGGAACAAUCGGCGAGAAGGGGGCGCUUAGAGGAACCCCCUCCCGCUCCAGGACCACGCAACAAUUCCAGAUCUCGAAAUGGGGUACAGAUGCAGGAGAGCAAGCACGGACAAUGGAAAAGGUACCAGGAUUCGCCGGGCGUUGGAAGUCCGCCGCCACCUCCAGGUCCAGCACCUUCGAGUCCGACGAGUUCAAGGAGAGAACGUCGAGGGAGUCCGCAUGGUUCCAAGGAGAAGAGCAACAAAGUGAGGGGGGUGCCGCAGAGUUUCGGUUACGUCAAGAGAGGAGCCUCGCAGAACGGUACCACUAAUGGUACCCCGAUGAACGGAAAUGCGAACCAGGUUCAAGUGCUUCAACAAGGACAGAGUGGUAAAACAGCUGCCGUCUCAGCGGUUCCUAGGACAAAAGUGAAGGUUUCCGGUGGGACCCAAACAUGUUCAAGCGAUCUACAGCAAGUUCAUAAAGCCAGCCCACCGCAAUUCAAAAGUUAUUCAUUAACUGGCAAUACUGCGACCCAACUAAGCCAAUCUGUCAGGGAGAGACUGAUGAUGGGGUCGCAAAGUCUACCGAAAGGAGCUGGACAGGAUUACGGUUUAAUCCUGCGACAAGGACGUCCAAAAGUCAGUGAUGGAUCACUAUCCGACACUCAAGCGAUCGAAAAUGUCAGUCCCUAUGCACCUUGGCUGCGACACAGCAAUACCUACUCAGUAGCACCUCGCCUGUCUGAAACUGAUAGCAUGGAGAGUUUGACGAGCCUUCCAGGUCAUCGAAGCAGUCUCACCCACACCAGACUUCUCCGAGAUUCACCUUCCAGGCUGAGUAGGAGUAAUAGUAUAAGGUCCACUAAGUCUGAAAAAUUAUACCCCUCGAUGUUACACAGAAAUGCAGAACCGGAGACUGAGCCAUAUUAUUGUUUGCCAAUUGGUGCAAUCAGUCACUGGUCACAACCAACAAGUCCAGCACCAGGAAACGCCAGAACUUUUCCAUUAUCGCCGACGCAUUCCUCAACAGCAAGACACAGCAUACCUAAGAAUGACGAUGUACACGGAUCUUCGAUAAGUUUGGUUUCCACUGCGUCCAGUUUAUAUUCUUCGGCUGAGGAGAAGCAAGCCCACGAAAUCCGUAAAUUAAGGAAAGAACUGAUAGACGCACAGGAAAAAGUGAACACCUUAACUUCGCAGCUAAGUACAAACGCUCAUGUCGUGGCUGCUUUCGAGCAGAGCUUAUCAUCGAUGACUCAACGAUUGCAGCAUCUGACAGCAACGGCUGAAAAAAAGGAUUCAGAACUAGCAGAGCUCAGGACCGCGAUGGAAAAUCUACGAACUUCUGCAAUUCAGGGCGGGAUAUCGAAUGGUUUAGCCAGACAACCAUCUUCGGAUAGUGUGUCAAGCUUAUCAUCGGCCUGCAGUCUGGAUAAACAAGACAAGAAAAAGAAAAAAGGAUGGCUGAGGAGUUCCUUCACCAAAGCUUUUUCGAGAAAUGCUAAAGUUACCAAAGUACCUUGCCAGAACGAAAUAGAGAACGAAAGACAAAACAGUCCACCUCCGCCUGCACCGACUGAUCCGGGACAAGAGGUUGCUGAACUACAGAAACAACUCAGGGAAAAAGAUCUAGUACUGACUGAUAUCAGAUUGGAAGCUCUGAGCUCAGCUCAUCAGCUAGAAAGUCUGAAGGACACUGUGAUGAAGAUGAGAAGUGAGAUGUUGAGCCUCAAGCAGAACAACGAGAGACUUCAACGUAUGGUUACUGGGAGUGCAAAUCUACCAUCAGAUUUGAUAGACACCAGAAGCGCCUCGAGCAUAGAUGCCUUAAGCGAUAUCAUUCCUCCUGAUGAAACUCAACCAGAUGUAGAGCAAGAUGGAAAAAGAAUAUCGAUUUCGGUGUACCUAGGACAACCACAAACAUUCGAAAGGUAUUAUACAGAACACUACAGUUAUGACGGGACCAGUGAUAACGCUACAAAUGAAAUCGCUAUUGCUCAGACAACGAUAGGAGCUUCUACCUCAUGGGCACAGCUAGAUAAUGCUGUACGUCGGGCGUUCAAGCAGCAUGUUGCUAGAUUAGACCCUGGAGGUGGAUUGGGACUUGGAAGUGAUUCGAUAGCCAGCUACAAACUCGGCGAGGCAGAAAGGAAACCAGACGCUGGUCCACCUGAUCUUUUACCAGUCGGAUACGCAAUAGGAAGAGUGAACACAGUCCACGUAGUCCUACAACCAGUAGCUGCCUUAGCUUUUGAAGCUCUCAUUCCAAAAGGAGUAGCCCAACGGCUUGUUUCACUGUUAGCUGAACACAGACGGCUUGUUCUUUGCGGGGCACCGGGUACCGGUAAAACGCACUUAGCAACGAGAUUAGCAGAGUUCCACGCACAGUCGCUAGGAAGAGAUCCUGCAGAAGCUGUUGCUACUUUCAAUGUGGACAACAAAUCAGGUAAAGAGCUCCGCCAGUACAUAUCUCAUCUAAGUGAGCAGGCGGCUGCUGGUGACAAUAGUGUCCUACCCUGCGUAGUAGUACUUGAUAACCUCCACAAAGCUGGACCAUUAGCGGAUGCCUUAGGUUCCCUGCCAAGAAAUUUACCAUGUUUGUUAGGAACGAUGGCUCAGUCUGCUUGUUCUGCCACAAGUCUACAGCUACAACACGGGUUCAGAUGGGUCUUGGUGGCACCCCACAUGGAACCAGCUAGGGGUCUUCUAGGAAGAGUGUUGAGGAGAAGACUGGCGACGCUAGAAUUGGAGCAAGGACAUCAACCAGAACUGGCGGCUAUACUGGGAUGGUUACCAAGAGUUUGGCAACAUUUGAAUGCUUUCUUGGAAACGCAUAGUUCCGGCGAUGUUGCCAUAGGUCCCAGAUUAUUUUUGAGCUGUCCACUAGAACUGGACUCAUCGCGUGCCUGGUUCGCCGAUGUAUGGAAUUAUUCACUGGCACCAUACCUUCGUGAGGCGGCACGGGAAGGCCUCCAACUCUACGGUAGAAGAGCUGCCUGGUCUGACCCUUGCCAAUUCAUUUUGGACACGUACCCUUGGCCAGGUGCGUCGCCCCAAGGCUUGACGACAAUAACAGCCAAAGACGUCGGUCUAGAGUCCGAUCCUACGACUCAGACCGAUAAUGAGGGAGAUCCCCUGUUAAAUAUGCUCAUGAGGUUGCAGGAGGCUGCGAAUUAUGCUAGCCCUCACUCAAAUGAUUCCGACUGUAAUAGCUUAGACUCCAAUUUAGCUCAUGGAAGCACUCUUGGAACUGAAAGUGUUUCUUGAAAAGACACUGAUUAAGGUACAAUCAAGCAAUCGUUUUCUCUUCGAGGUUGCUUCAGUCAAUCCUUUCAGGAAUCUCAAUUCUGGUGAAAAAUUCAUAAGGAUGUUCUUUUAUUGCAUUCAGAGUGUUUAAUAGAAAUGACAAAAAGUUAGAAUUAUCUUUCAGCCAAUCGUAUCGUAGAUCGAUGCUCAUUUUUCAAUUUUUCAUACUGGAUUCCUAGAUGAAGGUUUGUCUACUCAACCAUAUUUGAAGGAAAAUUCUCGAAAUAAUAAAGCUUUUACUGGUAUUGUUUGCCAAAAGAUAUUUUUAUAUAUGAAAUUUUCUAGAGGUUUUGUAUGAGACACAAUAAUAACGAUCCUGUCCAUGUUAAGAAUAUUUCUCUGAAUAAUUUUCUCCAUGCACCUGAAAUUUUUUUUCACUAGCAUUUUAGUUCGAAAUUUCAUUAACAUUACAUCUCUACUAAAAAUUUUCUGCAUGUGGGGCAAUUGUCACAUUCAGUUUGUUAUACUUUUCACUGCAAUGCUCAAAAGCCAUAUUUUUUAAUAUAAUAUUUUCUACUGAGAUCGAUUAUCAGUCCUUCAAAAUAACUACCAAUAUAACGUUCGAUAGAUUCUUAUAUCAUGUUGAGUGAUGACGUUUCUUGCAUUUCGUGAGAAGUGAUAACUAAACCAAAAUAGGAAUAUAUAAUGGUAAAAAUUUAUUUCUUCAAAAAUACUAGUAGAUAUAGUGAAAUUCCUGAAAUAAUUAUUUCUGUAAUAUAAUAUUACAAGUAAUAUACAAAUUAUGACUAUAAAAAAGUGCUUAAAAUUCACGUCUCAUUUUUGUUUCAUUCAUCAUAAUGUUUGUUAUGGAUUUUGAACAUAUAAUGACUUCUGAAAUCACAACUAGGGAAUAUUGUAGAUUAAAAUAUAUUGUAUAUUUAUGUUUGUCUGUGUUUUCCAUGAGUAUUUCUGGUCAAAUAACCAAUAAAAUUGUACAUAUGUUAUUUAUAUUGAACAUUUAUACAAAGUUUCUAUGCCUUUGUUUUGUAUUUAUUACAUGUAAGAAGUUUAAAUAAACUUUUAUACAAAUUGUAUAAAACUGCCAUAUAAAUUAUUUGAAGUAUA